AUGACGGACCUUGCAUUGCAAAAUGUCACUAAAUCGGAAGAAACUCAGCACACAGAAACGCAUAUAAGGGAGUUUGGGGGGGAUAACGGGAAUCUCUCCGCCGCGCACGCCAAGUUUCUCCUCGAUCGGUAUGGCACCGUCAAUCUUGAGCCGUUGCCCGAUCCCACGCCAGCAGACCCUCUCAACUGGCCUCUGGGCAAGAAAAUCAUCAAUCUCGCCCUUGUGGCCCUUAACUCGGGCAUCUGUUCCUUCACCGCGUCCUCUGUCAUACCCGCCUUCAAGGACAUUGCCGACCGCCUGGGCGUGACAAUCCAGGCGGCCUCGUACAUGACGUCGCUGCAGAUUGCCAUCCUCGGCGUUGCGCCGUUCGUCUGGAAUCCGUUCGCCCGACGCUAUGGCCGCCUACCUAUCUUCAUUCUCUGCCUGCUCGGCAGCGUCGCCAGCAAUGUCGGCAGUGCCCGCAGCGCCACCUACAGCCAGCUGGCCGCAUGCCGCGCCCUCGGUGCCUUCUUCAUCUCGCCCGCCGCGGCGCUCGGCAGCGGCACAGUCCAGGAAAUGUUCUUUGCCAGGGAGCGCGCGCGCUACAUGGGCGUUUGGACACUCACGUUCACCAUCGGUGUGCCGCUCGCGCCUUUUCUCUUUGGUUUCGCGGUCGAGAGAGUAGCAUACGAUUGGAUAUUCUGGUCGCUUGCCAUUACUAAUCUUGUCCAAUUCGUGUUGUACCUGGCUUUUGGAUCCGAAACUAGAUAUAUUCGCGGUCGCGGCGACGAAUUUACGCCUGUUCCGAGUCGUUUGGCUAUUCGCCGCAUCGACCCGACGCCGUUCUCUGCGCUCGAGAUUGUUCAUCCGUUCGUCUACGCCGUGCGCUGGCAUGUCGCCGUCCCCGCCGCUUCCUACGCCAUGACCUUUCUCUUCUGCAAUGUCGUCACGACGGUCGAGAUCCCGCAGCUCUUUGCCGAAAAAUUUUCCUUUGGUGCACAGACGCUUGGGCUUCAGUUCCUUGCGCUCAUUACCGGCAGUCUCGUCGGCGAAGGUCUCGCCACUGUUGUAACGCCGUGGUGGAUGGCGCGAGGGUCUGCCGCUGGGCCACCGCCACCGGAGCGCCGGCUGUGGCUGAGCCACGUGGGGUACACGUGGUCCAUAUGCGGCAUCGUCGUAUUUCUCGUCAUGAGCGCGCAGCUGCGCGUGUACAAUGUGAGCCCCGUCAUAGGCGCGGGCAUCGCUGCUGCGGGAAACCAGGUCGUGACGACGGUGCUGGUGAAUUACGCCGUCGACUGCUACCCCGAAGAUGCGGCAAGCGUGGGUGUCUUCAUCACGUUUAUGCGGCAAAUCUGGGGAUUUCUUGGUCCGUUCUGGUUCCCGCAAAUGUUCACGGCGCUGGGCGGAAGAAGCGCAGGCGUGGCCGUUGCCCUGCUCAUGGGCGUGAGCGUCAUCCCCACCAUUCUAUUGCAAAAACGCGGCGGAGGAGGCUAA